AGGAGCUAUUUGUUACGAUUUCGAGUUCCCAGACCUGAUGCGCCAGGCCGGGAAAAGGAGGUAGAGCACAGUUAUGAUGGUGUUCUCUAAGUUUCUGGUGAAUGUUUUUAGGAUUGAUAUCAUGCUCCAACCAGCCGAGACUUGGGGAGCAAGCGGUCCCCGGGCGAAAGAGGCCGAUGCUUUCUGUGUCGUGGAGAAUGGCUUUAGUUGGUUUCGAUGCUCCACGGGAGGCGUUUCAGCGGUUGUAGAUCCAUAUCUCCAGACAUUCAAUUACAGGGAAGGUAUCUCCGACUCGGUCUUCACCAUGGCGCUCCCAAUACUCGGGAAGGCCUGGACGCUUUACCCAAGCUACGGCUUUCUUUUCGCUUGGCUAGUGGCAGCACUCGCUGCGGUACACGUCUCCAUGCUCUGCCUCCCUCUUAGAGCAGUGACGUACAUCCUUGACAAGUCCCCGCCUGCCUUUGUGUUCUACAUCACUGGUGACCGAUCCUUCAAGGAGUUUGAGAGGUCGGAGCUACGUUGCGUGCUAUUGCCAGAGGAAUCAAACGUGCUUGUCAAGGUUCCUGUGAAGCCCAAUCUGUAAACAAGUGUACAAAACAUGGGUGACAUGACUUAAUCGCCCGUUUGGUGAAGCGAGAGAAUCACACUUUUUUAGAUGCCGAGACUUGAGGCCGGACACCGCAGCACCGCACGAUUUGGAGGCAAGGCGUUGGAUCAAGUCGGCUGGAGUGUCACGGAGUUGGAAAGGGAUUUCAAAGAAGGCGAUGCAGUGCCAAGGCGCAUCGCCUUCCAUCUCCAUCGUUCCGAAGAGCUUCGUGCGAGCAUCGUGGCCAAUGUCUUUGCUUCGUUAGUAGCUAUCAUUGCAGCAAGUAGGCAUCAAACAUUCAGAUUUUAA